AGCAACAUUAAAAAACAAUGAGCAGCAAUUUCGAUUUAAUGCCCUCGCAAUUCUCGCCGGAGGGUCGCAUCCACCAGGUCGAAUAUGCUGAAAAGGCGGCGCAGAAAAGUGGCACCGUCAUCGGUCUACGAGGCAAGGACGGCGUGGUGUUGGCCGUGGAGAAACUCCUAACUAGUUCUCUAUAUGAACAGGACUCUGGCAGGCGUAUUUUCACUAUUAAUGCGAACAUUGGCAUGGCGGUUGCAGGUUUGACAGCCGAUGGCUUUGCUGUGGCCGAGAAAGCACGUCAAGAGGCCACCAAUCACCAUCUGCAAUUUGGAAAGCCCAUUACUAUAAAUCAUAUGUGCGACAGGAUCGCGGCAUAUAUGCACGCCUAUACUGUGUUCUCUUCGACACGGCCGUUUGGUCUGACGGUGACGCUGGCAGGCUGGGACGAAAUUGUCGGACCCCAGCUAUUCAAAAUUGAUUCGUCGGGAGUAGCCGCUGGGUAUCUUGCCUGCGCCAGCGGAUUGGGUGAGCAGAAGGCAAGCCCCUUGAUGAAAAAAUACAAGUUCUCUGACAUGCCACUUGAUAGUUUGGUGCAGACUGCUGGUAGUCUGAUCUAUCAGGUGCAUAACGAGUCUAGCGACAAGGAUUUCUGCUUCGAAAUGGGACUGGUGGGCAAGGAUACUGAUGGCUUGCAUUGCAUCAAUCCUGAUAUAUGGAUCGCUUUGGCUGUGGAGUCCGGUUUACGAGCAAACAAGCCGGGAUAUUGCGGUUAAUUCAAAAUGCUUCGGCAUAGACUUUAGUUGUUGAGCAAAGUAAAGCGUUUUCUAGUAGUUUAGGUUAAUCAUUUAUAAUAUAGAUAUUGUUUAGAAGUGGUUGUUUAUUACAGUAAAAUAGAAUUCGGUUCGUUUUUAGAUGUGUAGAUGCAUCAGAUUUUUUUGGCCGAUUUAGUUUUGUUUUUUUUAUUAUUGGUCCUUUUUGAA